AUGACCCGUGUCGUCCUUGAGGUGGAUGUGAACGGCGAGGAGCUCUUCUUCGUUGAUAAGGACGUUCUUGCGCGCUUCUGCGGUAGGAUCAGGAGGGUGGUGGCCGCCGGCGCAGUGUCCGCGAGGCGGCAUCCGAGGGUAGCUCUGCACGGAUUCCCCGGUGGCCCCGAGGCGUUCGAGCUCGUCGCGAGGUUCUGCUACACUGACGGCGGACGCGGCGGCGCGGUGACCGCGGCCAACGCGUGCGUGCUGCGGUGCGCGGCGGAAUUCCUAGACAUGGCGGCGGCAGACGCGCCCGAGGUCGGGGUCGCGUCCACGGCGGCGCCGAGCCUGGUGCGGAUGACGGAGAAGGCGUUUGAGGAGAUGCCGCACUGGCCGUGGCACACCGUCGUGGACGCCGUGAAGCAGUGCCAGCGCCUGGUCCCGCUCGCGGACUCCACGGGCGCGUUCGACGCGGCCGUGGCCGCGCUGGUGUCGCAGAUGGCCGUGCCCCCGCCGGCGGCCGGGGACACCACGCCCACGGGCUCCUCGCCGGAGUGCACGGAGUUCCGGUUCUCGUGCGACACCAAGAGCAGCAGCCUCAGCCUGCGCGGAUCCUGCAUCAGCCGCACCUGGUGGUUCGAGGACCUCGUCGCGCUCGGCCCCGCCACGGUGGAGCGCGUCGCCUCGGCGCUCGUGGCCAGGGGCACCGACCACGGCGUCGUCGCCCGGUUCCUCUUCUACUACCUCAAGUGUCGCAUCGCCGGCGCGAGCGCCGACGACAAGAAGGCGAUGCUGGAGGCGUCGGUCGCCGUCAUGGCCAGCCUCGACCGGAGCGUGGUCUCCUGCAAGGGCCUCUUCGGCAUCCUGAGGAUCGCCGCGCCGCUGAGGCUGGCCGACGCGUGCCAGGAGCGGCUCGUCGCCAUGAUCGGCCGCAAGCUGGACCACGCGACGCUUGAUAACCUGCUCGUCCCAGCGCCGCCCGGGACGGCCAGCCUGUACGACGUGAGCCUGGUCUUCAGGUUCUUGGCCGCGUUCCUCCGCGGCGGCGCCAGCGACGAGCCGGCGAGGCUGAAGAAGGUGGGCAGGCUCAUGGACCUGUACCUGGCCGAGGUCGCUCCGGACCCGUCCCUUCGUCCGGCCAAGUUCCUGGAGCUGGCCACCGCGCUGCCGGCUCCGGCCAGGGACUGCCACGACGCGCUGUAUCGCGCCAUCGACGUCUAUUUCCAGAUUCACGGCCGCCUGACGGACGAGGAGAAGAUGAAGAUCUGCAGGGGGCUCAGCUACGAGAAGCUGUCGCCGGAGUGCUGCAAGCACCUGGCGCGGAACGGCGAGUUCCCGACGAGAGCGGCGGUGCAGGCGCUGGCAUCGCAGCACACGGUGCUCAAGAGCAUCGUCCUCCGCGAGCCGGGUCAGCUGAAGCCGGUGUCGCCGUCCCCUCCCCCGUCCAAGGGGAAGCGCCGCGACGGCAGCGGCGGCUACGACAACGACGACGUCGGCGGCGGUGGCGAGAACGACGGGCAGGUGAUCCUGUACGCGGGGCGGCUGGACCUGUCGCUGGAGAACCAGAACCUGCGGUCGCUCCUGGACGGGAUGCACUGGCGGGUGAUGGAGCUGGAGAAGGUGUGCAGCAGGAUGAAGACGCAGAUGAGCAAGAUGAAGCAGGCCAGGCGAGGCGGCGGCGGACGCACCGCCAGGUCGCUCCCCAGGAUGUGUUCUUGA